CAAAAGGGAAAGUGGUUAGGCUGGUGUGUGUGUUGUUUGGUUUCCUAACCUGACUUCAAACAAAGUAACAAAAACUUGAAACGAAUUCUGGCCGGCGAAAACGAAGCGAGCGAAGGUGCAACUCUGGCGAGCCUGAAAAGGGAUUGUGUAAAGGAUUCGAAAAUUCUUCAGUGGACGUUGAAUAGCAUUAACCCUUAGCGUUUACCCCUUUCAUUUGAAGUGCUUGGUAUUUGGUGUUUUUGGAUACAAACAUGCAAAACUCCAUUCAGUUAUACGAUUACAUACUUGACAAACCAACGAAAAGGUUGGAGUUGAUCGAAAAUACAACUGAUGAUGGGGGUUCCGACAUACCUGCUUCUGUUGACGCAUUUCUCUCUUCAGUUGUGGAAGCCUACGGCAUGGUGGGUGAAAUGACAUCCUCAGACAAGCAACAGGUGGCCCUACGUCUCGCCACUGUGAAAGAGAAGGGAGUCCAGUGUAACCAUGAAACGAUUGGUGGAUCAUUCGACAGUGUGAAGUGGAAGUGCAUUGUUAAAGGUAUAAUGGAAACACUUUCCAACACUGUGGAGAGUUCCCGGAGAACCCAAAUGUUGAGACAAGUUCAACUCUGUGAGCACAAUUUGAAUGGCAUUCUCAAAGGUGAAUUUAUUGAAAUUAUUGUGAUAGAGUUCAAGCGAUUACUCAUGAACACUGCUCGGCUUCUUGAGUACAUUCACAAGUAUAUCAGUUGGGGCACGCUAAAAGGUCUGAGAGUACAAAAUACACUGCUGCUUUGUGCUUCUCAAAUCCAGAAACUAUUUCCACUUCUCCUUCGUGCCCUUGAAGCUGCUCAUCAAUUAUCCGAACAAUGUAUUGCCAAGGAUUACAUGGUUCAACGUAUGAAAACUUGCUUUUUAAAAAUUAAAAAUAUUAUUAAGGGCGAAGUUGUUGAGGAGCUUGAUGAAUCUGAUGAUUUGGGAGGGGGCUUGUUCAUCUCACACAUGGACCAAGCACUUUCACUUCUUGCAGUUUUUGAUUCCAAUUCUGAAAGCUCUGCUUCGAGCUGCCAAUGGAAGUUGUCAGUAGAAGCAUUAUUACAGCAUGCAAUGUCUAUUGCCCAGAUUGCCUCCCAGUUUGACUUUAAAAUGAUACAUGCAAGUGGAGAAAAGAUUUUGCGAGAGUCUGAAAAUCUUGAAAAAGAAUGUAAGGAUCCAAGUAGUAAUCCAUCAGUACGCAAGCUUCAUUCCCUUUCCUUGUCUAAUGCUCUUGAAGAGCUAGAACAGAGAGUAUGUGCCUGUGUUCUAAAGAUGUACCUCCAGGUUUUUUCAGACCCAUACUUGCCCUUGCACACAUUAUGCAUGCAAAGCUCAGAAAAUCAAAUGGAAGGGAAUCCAAGAAAAGCGGAUGACCUCUCAGGUGCAAUAUCUAACUUUGAUACUCACACAGACAGAAUAUUGCAGGUCGCAGUUUUUGCAAUUGCUUGUUCUGAGGAUAGAAAUCGUGUGUUAGGCAUUCGCAGUUGCUUAGCAUCCUUAGAAUCUCUUGAAGCUCAUUUGGUUCCAGCUUUGUGCACAAUGUACUUGAAACAAGUGCCAAAGCAGCGUGUUCUUGCAAGUCUAUUAGUGGAACACUGGAAGUCUGAAGUGAAGCUGAUGAGACAACUAAUCGAUGGUAUCAUCGACCCUGCGGCCUUAGCGCAGGUAACUCACAAUGUCAUUUGGAAUCCAACGGCUAUUAUCAAAAAGUCAAUUAUGACAGGUAGAACACUCGAACAAAGUGAACUGACAAAGUUAGUAAAAUCUGUUGUUUCUAAUUCUGAGGUCUUAUCAGACCAACUGCAAGCUUCAGCUGAAGAGCUUGGUUUUGUACAACAUACACUGGCCUGGAGUUCAUUGAAAGAUUUAAUCUUAGCUGUUAGGGAAGGAAAAGCAGUUUUGAGAAAGAUUGAGGAAUUAGACCUUUCACUCAGUGUGGAUCGGAUUCUAAAACGUUGUGAACUUUUAGUUAGUUGUGUCGGAAAAAUUCAACCACUUUUGGAAGAAAUUGAUGAUCCUGAACCCAAGAACAGUUCUCCUCAAAAUGUUGAAUGUUCUUUAAGGCCUAGGGCUGAAGCAAUGCCUAGUAAAACUUCAGCAAUUAAACAUAGAAGUUUGAAGAAACAUUUGAUACGUCUUGGUUUACCAUCAGAUGCAGAGAUUGACUUAGACACCACAGAUUCAGCAAAUCAGUUUGAUCUCAUGCACUCUGUAAUGGACAAAACGUCAGCACAACCUAGAUUUUUGACAAGCUUUUUGUAUAAUGAAAAGAGGAAAUCUAGCUUCCAGAACACAACGGCUAUGUCUCGAAGUUUUCAUAUUUUUAGUCGAAAGCUUGCUACACCUGGCGUUAAUAUAUUGCAACAAACACUUUCAAUAGAUGUACCCAAGUUGGCUGGUCUAUCAGAAACGCUGAAGUGUAAAAGUAAUUCAACUCAACCAAUACCGCCACUACCACAGCGAAGGUUUGACCAUACUGAGAAGGAUUUGGAGGGUGAAAAUGCAUCUGGUAACAUAGAUACACCUGAGAGAAUGCAAGAUUUAAUUCGAGUUCAGAAUAGGAUUGAUUUUGUCAAAACUUCCGCCCAGUGUGAUCAAUCACUAUUCAGCCAUCUAGUUUUAUGAGCUGAACUUAUCUUAUACAGGUUCUAAAUUGAAUAGGGUAAUAUAUUUUGAUAUUCAUUAGUUAUUUUUGUGUUUAAAUUUAUGAUUUUGCUGUUUUUGUUGAAGAGGUUUUAUAUGGGCCAGUGGUAGAUUUUUGCCAGUCUUUAUUAUAACUACAUAAUAGUUCUAUUAUAUUACAAAAAUUUCUUGUGACUUCUUAAAUUUUAUUCACUGUUACUGUUGAUGGCAAAUGUCUACCAUGUUCACUCGAUAACAUUAAGAAUACAUUUGUCAUGUUAUCCUGAAACUGAAAUUCUCUUUGAUUUCUUGCGACAAUAUUAGCUAUGCCGUCGCACCGAUGUGAACCACAUCGAAAUAAAUAUCAUUUAACUUAA